UCCUCUCUCCUCUCGUAUUUCCACCGAUCAAGAAACCCUCAACUCCGCCAAGAAAUUCUCCCUCCCAGCGAACCAAUCCUUCGCUCGCUCGCUCGCUCGCUCGGGGGAACGCGCGCGCCGUCUCGCGAUCGAAGAAGCUCUCUCCAGGAUCCUCCGUACAAAAUCCCCGCGGUCGUCGUCUGGUUUUACCGAUCCCGAUCUCGGUCUUGAAUCUUGUUCACGCGUGUGCUAGUUUCUGAUCGAUUCUCUAGCUCGAGCCGCUUGCCCGCCCGCCCGCGCUGUGAAUCUUGCGCUGUUUGAUAGUAGAAUCUUUGCGUUAGUUAGGGCAUCCGCCGCUUGUUUGGUUCCGGAUCGUUUACAGAGUUGAUUGAUCGAUCGAUUUAGAUUUAUUCGUCUUCCUGCCUGCCUUAGAAUUCGUUGCUUGACUUUGGGUUCCGUGUUGAUUUCUUGUCGAUUUCCGCCUUGGGCUGCUCGAUCUGCCCUAAUCUCGCUCGUAUCAGUACAAAUCGCUGUUUCUUGCUGCCUCUGACCAUGGAUGCAGGCUCGGACUCGAUGUCACCGGAGAGGAUCAGCCGGCGGUGUGCGCCGGCGUCGCGGCCGCCGCUCCAGGAGGCAGGCUCAAGGCCCUACAUGCCGUCGCUGUGCUCGGCGUCCCGCAACCCUGCCGUCAAGUGCUAUGGGGACAGAUUCAUCCCGGUCAGAUCGGCAAUGGACAUGGACAUGGCGCACUACCUUCUGACCGAGCCAAGGAAGGACACGAAGAACGCUGCGAUGCCGUCGCCCGCCAAGGAGGCGUACCGCAAACUGCUGGCCGAGAAGCUGUUCAACAACCGCACCAGAAUUCUCGCCUUCCGGAACAAGCCGCCGGAGCCUGAGAACAACAUCCUCGCAGAGCUCCGUGCUGAUGCGGCCUCUAUCCAGGCCAGACCGGCGAAGAAGCGCCGUUACAUCCCUCAGUCUGCCGAGAGGACUCUGGAUGCACCAGACCUCGUUGAUGAUUACUACCUCAACCUACUGGACUGGGGAAGCAGCAACGUGCUGUCCAUUGCGUUGGGCAACACCAUAUACCUCUGGAAUGCUGCAAAUGGGUCGACAUCUGAGCUCGUUACCUUUGAUGAAGACGAUGGCCCUGUCACCAGUGUUAGCUGGGCUCCUGAUGGCCGGCACAUUGCUGUUGGCCUCAACUCUUCAACUGUCCAGCUCUGGGAUUCCACCUCUAAACGACUGCUGAGGACACUGCAAGGCGUGCAUGAGUCAAGAGUGGGUUCACUGGCAUGGAAUGGCAACAUACUGACCUCUGGUGGUAUGGACGGCAAGAUUGUGAACAAUGAUGUGAGGAUCAGGAACCAUGCUGUGCAGACAUACCGCGGGCACGAGCAGGAGGUGUGUGGACUCAAGUGGUCAGGAUCGGGACAGCAGCUGGCCAGUGGGGGCAACGACAAUCUUCUCCACAUAUGGGAUGUGUCUAUGGCAUCCUCUGUACAAUCCGCAGGUCGCACCCAGUGGUUACACAGGCUUGAGGACCACUUGGCUGCCGUGAAGGCGCUCGCAUGGUGCCCAUUCCAGAGCAACCUGCUGGCAUCCGGUGGCGGCGGAAGUGACCGGUGCAUCAAGUUUUGGAACACACACACAGGCGCAUGCCUCAACUCUGUCGACACCGGGUCACAAGUGUGCGCUCUACUCUGGAACAAGAAUGACAGGGAGCUGUUAAGCUCACAUGGAUUCACUCAGAAUCAGCUCACCCUAUGGAAGUACCCUUCAAUGGAUAAGAUGGCUGAACUCACUGGCCAUACUUCCCGUGUCCUUUUCAUGGCCCAGAGCCCUGAUGGUUGCACAGUAGCAUCUGCGGCAGGAGACGAGACCCUGCGUUUUUGGAAUGUAUUUGGGACUCCUGAUGCUCCUAAGGCUGCAGUCAAGACUUCACACACCGGGAUGUUCAACAGUUACAACCAUAUCAGAUAAGGAGAAAUGACUUAAUUGAUUCCUAUGACUGGUGUGAGGUGAUCUUGACAAAAAAAGUAGCAGUUUACAUGCAAAAAGUAGUUGCAUCACAAGUUCUUAGGCUACCAUCAGGAGUUCUUAGGCGACCAUCAGGAGUUCCAGGACCGUUGAUGUGAAUGGAGGGACCAUCAUGAGCUGAUUUCAGAACUGUCGAUACGGAUGCAGACAAUUAACAAAGCUGUAAAUCAUUAGAGGCGCCAUCAUAAGCUUAUUUUUACUUAGAGAAACAUCUGUGUGUACUUCAUUUUGUGUAUUGAAUUAUCUGUGUACUUCAGUUUUCUCGUAUGCUGGUAACUUUGGUUGCUGUUUGCCUAUUUUACAUUGAUCCAGAUGAUGAACAUCAAGACCUGUUUGAUGUGUGUAAGACUGAUGUCGGUGAUAAUAUAUAUUUUUAACAUUUAUGAAC